GAUCUUAGAACGUGGCGGAACAAUAGCCAUGACCAUGACUGUGCUGCUGGGUUGGAAUGGAUAAUAGUAUAAGUAAUGAGAGUAUCAAUGAAUGCAGAAAUGUUGUGGGUUUGGUUGGGAAACUGAAAAAUGUUGGCAUAUAUUAUUAAUGUUCUUCAUGAGCUCGUCAGUUGUAUUAUCUUCAUCCAACAAUUUUAUCCAAUUCUUUAAACACAAACAACAACAUCAACAGCUUCUAUUAUCCAACUCUUUUCUCUCCCUUCACAAUUCGCCGCCGCCGCAUGCUUCAUUCACCACCAAAAGAACAAGGCGGCUCAGUGGCUUCAUUUCCAAAGCGGAAAAGCAUAAUAAUAAUAAUAAUAAUUCAAGCAAAAGAAGCAAGACGAGGAGUUGGUGGCAGAAAUUCUUUUCGGAGGACGACGGGAAUUGGCUUGGUUUGAAGGAAGAUGAUAUGGCUGAAGAAGAACAAGAGUUGUCUGACUCUGAAGAACAACAAGAGUUGUCUGAGGAUGAAAAGUUUGAGGCAUGGAAGCAGAGAGCCGAAGCAAUUAUAGAAUUGAGGGAAGCGCAAGAAGAUACAAGGAACCAAGAGGCCAGGAAAUGGGAAGACUGGCUUUUGGAGGAAGAUAGCAGCAGUUCUUCUUCUUGGGAGAGGGGAAUCAAGGAUUACAGGGAGGAGGUGCGAGCUGAUGAUUAUGAUUCUUCCUCUGAAAUGGGGGGGAUUGUAAAGUCUGUUAGGUCUUUGAUUUUUGGAAGAGAACAAGAUGAUGAUGAUGAUGAUGAUGACUUGCUUUAUGAAGACCGCGUUUUUCAGUAUGCUUCUUCAAACUCGGCUAAAUUUUUGGCAGUCUUGAUCAUUAUACCUUGGGCAAUAGAUUUUCUGGUUCAUGACUAUGUAUUCAUGCCUUUUUUAGACAGAUAUGUGAAGACUGUACCACUUGCCGCCCAAAUGCUCGACGUGAGAAGACAUCAAAAACUGGAAAUAAUUGAGGAAUUAAGAAUUGAGAGAGGACGAUUUGAGCUUGAGGUAGAGAUUGGUAAAUCUCCACCUCUUUCUGAUAAUGAGGUUUGGUGGGAAUUGAGGAACAAAGCAUUAGAGUUGAGAGACGAGUGGAGACUGGAGAAUCGCAGAGCAUUUGCCAACAUAUGGUCAGAUACAGUUUACGGGAUCUCAUUAUUUAUUCUUUUGUACUUCAAUAAGAGUAAAGUAGCUUUGCUCAAAUUUACUGGUUAUAAAAUAAUAAACAAUAUUUCUGAUACCGGGAAGGCAUUUCUAAUUAUACUUAUCACAGAUAUUUUCCUAGGGUAUCAUUCUGAAUCUGGUUGGGAAACUUUGAUAGAGAUAAUUGUCGAGCACUAUGGGCUUGAAGUUGAUCAGGCUGCUAUUACUAUUUUUGUUUGUGUGAUCCCAGUCACCGUUGAUGCAUGCGUGAAACUUUGGCUAUUCAAAUUCCUCCCACGAUUAUCCCCAAAAGUGAUGAGUAUAUUUCAGGAAAUGAAACGUCACUAGUUUCAAUUUUUCACCCUAACCUCAUUCUUGUAUGCAUUUAUUGAGAUUUGCAAUGUCCAGCAUUUUUUGUAAUAGUAACUGCUCCAUGAGUUCAGCUGCUGGUUCAUGUUACUCUCUUUUGCGGACCCACGCAAACGAACGGAUAUUCUACUGGUUAUAUACUAGUAGAUGGCAGUUCAAGGUGUUUAUGUGCACAGAAAGAAUGGUAACUCAAAUCUGCCAAUAAAUAACUCCAAUAUGUUAUGAGCUUGAAA